AUGGUCUGCAUGCCGGCCAGGGCCGCCAUGGCGUUCAUCUCGUACCCAUUUUUCACAUUGUUGACGCAGAUCUUUCGCCAUCUGGAGCGGCCCGCGGAGGUGGCGCGCCUCACCCAGCUGAAGGACGUGGUCAAGACGCAGCGGGAGCGCUUCAUGAGCACCAUAUUGAACAACACCGAGGUGAACAAUCUCAAUGAGCUGCUCUCCUUCGAACUGGCCAAAUAUGAAGCGGCCGUACAACAGGCGGCCGAGGGCGGGCUGCUUAUCGUAGCCGAUAAAGACUUUCCAGAGCCCUAUGAGCGCUGGAGCAUACUGCAAGCUGUGUUCUUCUCAUCAACUGUGUUAACCACUAUAGGCUAUGGCAAUAUAGUGCCCGUAACGACGAGCGGUCGUGUCUUUUGCAUUUGUUUCGCACUCAUCGGAAUACCCUUCACGCUGACCGUCAUCGCCGACUGGGGUCGACUCUUUGCCAGCGCUGUGUCCGUCUUUGGCAAGCACAUGCCAACGAAACCAAAGUUCACAAACUUCAUCGGCAAGACCUGGUUCUAUGCCAUUCUGGCAGUUGGAUUUCUGGGUGUUUAUCUGGCAGCUGGCGCCGGGCUCUUGCUGCUCUGGGAGGACGACUGGACGUUCUUUGAUGGCUUCUACUUUUGCUUCAUUACAAUGACAACGAUCGGAUUCGGUGAUCUGGUGCCCAAAAAACCCAACUAUAUGCUGCUGUGCACACUCUAUAUACUGAUUGGACUGGCGCUCACCUCGACCAUCAUUGAGCUGGUGCGUCGCCAGUACGCGACCAGCUGGGCCAAGCUGCAGGAGCUAUCGGGUCCAAUGGCGGAGACACUGCGACGCCUGGGCGAAACGGCGGGCACGGGCCUGGACUACACCACUUUGCAAAAAGUUUUAACUGUUUCCAUGCCCAAGUGGAAUAGCAACAAGAAGAGCGAGCACAAUUCGGACAUCGCUGCACUGGAGGCCAUCACGAAUGCCAUACUGAAGGAGGUGAAGGAGGCGCAGAACAGCAAGCCGAAGGUGCUGCAAAUCGUCAUCUACGAGUCGUCCGUCUAAGCGCAUCAUCAACAUCGAUAACACCUAGUACUAUAGCAUACUUUUAGACCUAGGCACAUCACAACCCAAGAAAUAUCAUAUGUUAGAGAGAGAGAUCUUUGUAUUUAGUUAGGCUUUGCAUAAUGUUUCUAUAUAGUUGUUGUUAUGCUUCCAUUUACUGUUCACGUAUCUUUGUGUGUGUGUGUGUGUGAGUGAGUGAGUUUGUAUGUGUACGACUGUGCGUGUGUGCGUGUGUGUUUAGCUGUAUCUCUAUCAAUGGGCAGCAAUCAGUGAGCUCUGUGCCCCUGUGGUCCAGUGAUGUCCAGCCAACGACUUCCAUAAGCUAAUUUCUAAAUCUAAUUAAUUGUAAAUGUCUGGGCAAUAGUAUUGCUCAUACGCACUGUGGUCACAUCUAUAAACGAGGGCCGAUCAAUAAGUAGUUAUGAUAAUUUCAAGCGAAACUUCCGAUGGUAGCUAAAAAUAUACUUCAUUGCUUCCCCAGAGAAUUGUGAAAAUUUGCAAAUUUCCCUGUUCAAUAGAUUUUAUAGAUUUGUGAACUGGGUACUUAGGGAAUAUAUAUCUGCUUAAUCAAAAUGAGCUGAGCGUUAUAUGUUUACUUUAACAAGAAAAACCUCAUACUACCAGGUCUGUCUCCAUCUUGGUCGCUCAGGAGCUAUCUCUUUCAUAAGCCCUAUAGAUGGCACCCUUACAUAUGCUCAUAGCUGGGCACUGCCAUCUGCGUUCCUGUGUCAAGGUCGAUAGCGAUUGCGCUUCUAGUGUUCAUAUUAUCGAUAAAUAUCGAUAGUGUCACAGGGUUCCUUAGGCUUAAUUCAAAGACGAUAAAGAAGCAAGGCACAAUGUAUUAUAUGAAUUUAGGUAAUUUUGGAUAGUUUAAAUGAUUAACCAAAAUAUUGGACACUACACAAUUAGACAUAUUUAUGUCAGGCUAUUUUCUAGCCAGACAAGCCCAACUAAAUUACUUUUUCACUAUCUCAUAUAAUUUCAACUAGCUCACAUAUCAUGUGAUUUUUUUAUUGACUAUUACUGUUGAUCGACGUAUAUAUAACUCGAAUUGCAAGGGUCAUCAGAAUAGAGCGCUUUCUAGUCUUGGCAAAUGACAACUUAUUGAUCGCGCCUCGCUUUUACUUAUUAUGGCAAAAAGUGAUGGAAUAUCUAUAUAUAGAUAUAUACAUAUACAUAUAUAA